UUUAUUUCGUCAAGUAGGCGUCCUCAGAAAGUUUAGGACUUUCGUUGAUGUUGCUUCAGAAAUGUUGCAAUUUGUGAGGAUAAAAGCUUGAUACACGUCUCGUCUGACACUAAACAGAUCAUAGUAGCCUAUGCGGAGCAGCGAACUUACUUGAGGUAGGCCGGUGUCUGUGUAGGCCUAUAAUAUUUAUUUGGGAAUUUAGCUGGAUCGGCUUGUUGCUAGGGAACAUGGAUCUGGGACCAGUGCUGGAUUCUGGCUGUGAUGUGGCUGAAACCGAAACUCACCAGGUUGACCGUAUAUAGAAAGCGCUGGAUGGGAUCAUCUUUGGUGCGUUGGGAACAUGGAUUUUGGACUGCCAUUUAGUUCUGGUGGUAAUGUCACUGAAAUGCAGGAGGUUGACCUGCUGAGCGUGAUGGUGAAAGAAGAAGAUAUAAAAGAGGAGGAGUAUGGUCAUAUGAUUUCAUGUCCAGAUGAAGAAGAAAAGCCCUUUGCAGAGUUUCACUGUGAAUCUCAAACAGACUUUGAAGAAUCCAACGGUACUUACAAUGAAACACAACAGACAACAGCGGAGAUCGAAGUGAAGAAAGAAGAGGGUGAGCACGAUUAUCAGCUGGAAAGUAUAUCAGAACACCAAAAUUCAACACAGAAGACUCAAGGACAUAAUGAAGAACUCCACAUGCAACAUAAAGGACGAUUCUACCACUGCACAGUCUGCAGGAAGAGUUUCACCGCACUGAGUGAACUUGAGGAACACCAGCAAACACACACUGUUGACUUGAAUCUAAAGCAGAACACUGCAAGAAGGCCUCAUAAAUGUCCGGAAUGUGGAAAAGCAUUUACAACACGAACACGUCUUGAAGUCCAUAUGAGAAUGCACACCGGAGAGCAACCUCAUAAAUGUGCCCAGUGUGGAAAGGGUUUUUCAUACAGUUCAACUCUUAAAACCCAUAUGCUAAUACACACUGGAGAAAAGCCACAUCAGUGUGCUCAUUGUGGAAAAGCUUUUUCGCAAGUUUCAAAUCUUAAACAGCACAUGCUAACACACACUGGAGAGAAGCAAAAGCAGAAUAACAACAUUCAUAACUGUGGCCAGUGCGGAAAAAGUUUUUUACGAAUUUCAUAUCUUAAAAGUCAUAUGCUAAUACACACUGGAGAGAAGCCUCAUCAAUGUACCCAGUGUGGAAAAGCAUUUAUAAGAUCCUCAGAUCUUAAACGCCACAUGCUUACACACAGUAGAGAGAAGCAAAGAUGUGUCCUGUGUGGAAAAGAUUUUUCAAAAAUGUCAAAUCUUCAAAUCCACAUGCUAACUCACACUGGAGAGAAACCUCACAAAUGUGCCCAGUGUGGAAAAGCUUUUAGACAUAUUCCCAGUCUUAAACAGCACACGCAUACACACACUAAAGAUACUAACAAAGAUUCUCAUAAAUGUGUCCAGUGUGGGAAAGUUUUUUUUUACGUUGCACGUCUUAAACAGCACAUGCUUAGACAUAGUGGAGAAAGGCCUCAUAAAUGUGCCCAGUGUGGAAAAGCAUUUGCAAGACCCUCAACUCUUAAAUACCACAUGCUAAUCCACUCUGGAGAAAAGCCUCAUAAAUGUGCCCAGUGUGGAAAAGCUUUUUCGCUAGUUUCAAAUCUUAAACAGCACAUGCUAUCACACACUGGAGAGAAGCCUCAUCAAUGUACUCAGUGUGGAAAAGCUUUAAAACAUUCUUCCGCUCUUAAAUGCCACAUGCUUAUACACACUGGAGAGAAGCCUCAUGAAUGUGCCCAGUGUGGAAAAGCAUUUGCAAGACCCUUAGGUCUUAAAUACCACAUGUUAAUACACUCUGGAGAAAAGCCUCAUAAAUGUGCCCAGUGUGGAAAAGCUUAUUUGCUAAUUUCACAUCUUAAACAGCACAUGCUAACACACACUGGAGAGAAGCCUCAUAAAUGUGUUAAUUGUGGAAAAGGUUUUCUACAAGUUUCAUAUCUUAAAAUACAUAUGCGAAUACACACUGGAGAGAGGCCUUAUAAAUGUGUCCAGUGUGGAAAAGGUUUUUCACAAACUUCACAGUUGAAACUCCAUUUGAUGAUGCACACUGGAGAGAGGCCUCAUAAAUGUGUCCAGUGUGGAAAAGCUUUUCCACUAACUUCUCAGUUGAAACUCCAUUUGAUGACACACACUGGAGAGAAGCCUCAUAAAUGUGCUCAGUGUGGAAAAGCUUUUGCAAAAAUGUGCAGACUUAACAGCCACAUGCUUACACACACUAAAACACACACUGGAGAGAAGCCCCAUAUCUGUGUCCAGUGUGGAAAAGGUUUUUCAAAAAUGUCAUUUCUUAAAAGCCACAUGCUAACACACACUGCUAAGAACCUGCAUAAAUGUGUCCACUGUGGAAUUUAUUUUUUACACGUUGAACAUCUCAAAUCUCAUAUGCUAGCACACACUACAGAGAAGCCUCAUCAAUCUGCAUUUGAAGAUGGUAAAGACUAUAAGCUAACAUACACUGGAGAUAAGCCACCUCUUUCUGCCCAGUUUGAAAAUGCUCUUGCACACUUCUCCAGUGUUAAGAACGAUAUGCCAGUACACACCGGUAAAAAGUUUCAUAAAUGUGCCCAGUGUGGAAAAGCAUUUCAAAGGCCCUUUGAUGUUAAACGCCACAUGCUAACACAUACUGGAGAGAAGCCUCAUAAAUGUGUGCAGUGUGGAAAAUAUUUUUCACAAAUGUCAAAUCUUAAAACCCAUAUGCAAAUACACACUGGUGAGGGGCCUCAUGCAUGUGCCCAGUGUGGAAAAAGCACUGCAGACUUAACUGCCACAUGGGGACACUAA